AUGGUGCAGGCAACGCCCAAGGCUCUUUGGGCACUAGCUGCUCUCCUCUUUACUUGGUCGUCUCUUGCGGCAAGCAUCAAGAGCCGCGGUUCUGGGGGGCUGUUUCUCGACCUUGCCGACCUUGGAGUGGAUGUAACAAAGCGACAGACCAACAACCUGGCUGGAUAUCUGGGCGCCUUCUUCCUUGGGGCCGACCCCUAUGUCUACUUUUACCUCAGCAACGGCAACGAUGCUCUCUCCUUCAGAGCGUUGAAUAGAGGACAGCCAGUUAUCAGGCCGACCAAGGGGACUACUGGUGUUCGAGACCCUACAAUUGUUCCUGGCGGUGGGAGCGAAUCAGGGAGGAAGUGGUAUAUCAUCGGCACUGACCUUCACAUUGGGAGAACAACCUGGGAUGCGGCCCAACGAACCGGCUCCCGAGGCAUUUUCGUCUGGGAAAGCACCGACCUGAUCAACUGGACCAACGAGCGACUCGUCACCGUCGAAGACGCCACAGCGGGUAUGGUCUGGGCCCCAGAAGCAAUCUGGGAUCCUGCCAAGGGGCAAUACCUCGUUCAUUGGGCUUCCAAAUUUUACCCCACGUCGGACCCCCGCCACACCGGCAACCCAACCAACAUCCGCAUGCGCUACGCCUACACCUCCGACUUUAAAACUUUCUCGGCUCCCCAAACCCUCAUCGACAAGAACCCCACCAACAUCAUCGACCUCAACUACCUCCCCUUAUCCCCCACCUCCUUCCUCCGAUUCAUGAAAGACGAGACACGAAAGACGGUCUUUGUGGAGGUGUCCAACAAUGGGUUAUUCGGCACGUGGACCAGACCGGGGGGUGACGGGGCGAUUAUUCAGACGGGGGUGGAAGGGCCGGCGAGUUAUCUGGACAAUGUCGACCCGAGGAAGGUGCACUUGCUGUUGGACUUUUACGGGAGCGAUGGGUACAGGCCGUUUGAGAGUACGAACCCGGGGACUAAUUCGGGGUGGGUGGGGAGCAACAGGAAUAACUUUCCGAAGAAUUUGAGACACGGGAGUGUUUUGCCGAUUAAUGGGACGGUUUAUGAGGCGUUGAGGCAGAGGUGGGGGGUUUGA